UUUGAUAUUGCCUCUUUGAUCUCUUGUUUUUCAGUGUGUUUAUGAAGGAAAUGAUCAAUUUUGAAAGAUGUAUCGCACAGUUAGAUUUUUCAAUAUAUGCUUUUACUGCACUAGAAAACGCGUCUCACAUAUACUACCAAAUUGUAAAGCAGGGGUGCCGCAAGCUAGACUGUUAUCCUCAUCCAUAAAUCGAAUUACAUUCAGGGGUACUGUGACUACUGGAAAAUUUGGAACAACCGAAAGAGCGACCGUGUUUCAAAAAGAUAUAGACGCAUUUUUGAAUGCAAACCACUGCAGAACAUUUUCGAUCUCAGCUGUGCUACGCGAAGACUCAAAAGUUGACCAGCAGUUGGAAAUUCUUAAGGAUGAAAAAGUUAAAAAGACAGAUGAAAAAGCGGAAAGCAGCCUUCCUGCUUCUCAAUCAAGAAUAAGUGUUGUGAAAUCGGAGAAAUUUGUUAUACGAAUAUGGAUAAAAAUUAAAAAAGAAUUAAAGCACUACUAUAAUGGCUUCAAAUUGUUUUUCUUUGAAACAAAAAUUUCGUUAAAACUGCUUCGAAAGAUAACCAAUGGUGAUGCUCUUACAAGGAGAGAGAAAAAACAGUUGCUUCGUACUGUCUCUGACAUUUUCCGACUUGUGCCUUUUUCAAUUUUUGUUAUCAUUCCGUUUAUGGAGUUUUUAUUACCUUUUGCAAUCAAAUUAUUUCCCGGAAUGCUUCCCAGUACCUUUGAGGAGAAGAAAACGAAAGAAGUGCGGGCCAAGCAGCGUUUUAAACUCAAGUUGGAAAUGGCGAAGUUUUUACAGGACACAGUUGAGCAGAUGGCGGUAAGAAGAAGCUCAUCUACAUCUGAGACAGCACAGAAGUUUGCGGACUUCAUGGGCAAGGUACGUCAGGGAGAUCUGGAGCUGAGCAACGAGGAAAUCCUUAAGUUCUCCAAGGCCUUUCGAGACUCCUUGAUGUUGGACAACUUGGAAAAGCAGCAGUUGAUGGCCAUCUGUAAGAUCCUCAACAUUCGUCCGAUUGGAAACACGAAUUUGCUCAGAUUCCAAAUCAAGCUCAAGAUGCGCAACAUCAAAGCGGAUGACUUGAUGAUCAAGCAAGAAGGAGCAAUUUCCUCACUGGAGGUGUCCGAUCUCCAGAGUCUUGUGCGCGAAAGAGGUAUGCGAGCAUACGGUGUGUCGAAGCAGAGGCUGGUGACGCAGCUGGAGGAGUGGCUGGAUCUGCAUCUGAAUGACAAGGUGCCCCUCUCGCUACUCCUGCUAUCCAGGACCCUCUACAUGCCACCCUCUGAAGGAGGACUGGAGCCGACAGCGACUGAGACCCUGAAGGCGACCAUUUCGUCUCUGCCGAGUGAGACUAGUGACACUGCGAAACAGAGACUGGCUGAGCUGGAGAGUGGCGAGGUGGACAAUGCGGCCAGACUGGAGAAUGUGAGGAGGGAACAGGAGGCGAUCAAGCAGGAGGCACUGGAGAGAGAACAGUCUCUACUCCAGGCUCAACAGACGGCUAUGAAAGCGGAAGAGGAAGAAAAGGAGCGAAUUUUGGAUACUGCGCUGCACGAUUUCCCGCCUGGCUACGUCUUGGCAGAGACCAGGAGUGAGACUGUUCCAGAGGUGACAGUGGACAUGAUGAAGGUGGUGGAGGAGGCUCUCACGGAUCUGGCUGAGACCAAGAGCAAAGUUUCCGAAGAAAGGGACGACUUGAACGAACUGGUCCAGGAGAUCCAGGACUACAAUGCAUCUCUGCAGGAGGCAUUGGAGACUAGUGAGUCCAAAGUGAAAGUCACCAGGGGGUCCAGACUCCUAUCCCGAUAUUUGCAGUACUCUUUGAAGAAGUUGCAGCCGACGGUUGAGAAGAUAGAAGAGAAGAGGCAGCAUGUCAAGGAAGAAAUCCAGCAGUUAUCCGAGGAGAAGAAGGAAGCGCUUGACGAGCGAACAGCAAGUGUCAUUGAAGGCAAGAUCCAGAGUCACGAAGGCACAGUGGCGACAAUUGAUGAAGUGCGCGCAGCCAUGAAGGCUCUCACUGAAGUAUCGGACGAGGAACUGCUCUCGGAAGUAGCCAAGAUCAUAGACCCCGACCAGGACGGAAUCGUAGAGAUAGACACUGUGAUCAAAGCUAUAGAGUUCAUGUCCACAUACUCAGAGGCUACGGCGGAUAGUAAAAACUCGCCCGAAGCACUAACUGAGCUGAUCAGGGUUUUGACUAAAGAGCUGCAACUGAAACAGAAACUGGCUUCAGUCGCCGCCGCCUCGGCCCAGUCUAGUCCACCCCAACAAAUUGAACAAAGGAACUGAGCGAACUUAGAAAUUAUUUUUAAAAGCAAAGACAGUACAUUGUAAAAAGAUUUUGAAUGUUGAUAAAUUUCAAUCAAGAGAUAACUUGUAAAUUAUAACUUGAACUAUUA